GGAUCACCCAGGACAUCUACUCCAUUUGGUACAGCGCAUGGCAGAGAGAAAAGAGUGUCUAAUGAUGUGGAAAACUAUUACAGACCUUCAAUGCUUGAGGACCCAUGGGCUGGCCUAGAGCCAGUUUCUGUUACAGACAUAAACCAACAAUACAGCAGUGAGCAAACAACAUAUACUGGUAAAAAAGGGAGGUAUUUCAGCUAACACUUUUAAAGGCCAAAUAACUCCAUCUUGUCAGGAAAACUUUGGGACAAAAUCUUUACACUUACACAGGAUGAACAGUAAUCAAGACCUUAGAUAAUGCUUUUAUUUGAUCACAUGUCCACCCUUUUAUCCUACUUUUUUUUUUUAUUGCAUUGGAUAUUUUUAUGUAUUGGGAGGGAAAAGGAGUGGUAGGAAAACUUACAUUUCUGGCUAUGUGGAAGUGCCUACCAGCUUUGAAGAACAAAGUGUUCUUUAAUCACCAGCGACUGAUUUGUGACUGUUAAAACAGGUUUCCAUAUAUUUACCUCUUCCAUGCCAGAUUGUUAGCCUUUUAUUGUAAACUCCUUUAGGAAAUGGUAUUUUUUUAUGUUUCAACAUUUUUAGAAUGAAGUAACUUGGAAAUAAAAUAAAGUUUUGUAAA